GGCGCCGUCGCGGCAGUGACGCCGGUCUGCCGGCCUGGAUAGGGGGCGGCGGCGGCGGCGGCGGCGGCCUGCCCGGGGAUGGCGAUGUUCCGCAGCCUGGUGGCCUCGGCGCAGCAGCGGCAGCCGCCGGCUGGGCCCGCGGGCGGCGACAGCGGCCUGGAGGCGCAGUUCAGCUGUCCCAUCUGCCUGGAGGUGUACCAUCGGCCAGUGGCCAUCGGCAGCUGCGGCCACACGUUCUGCGGGGAAUGCCUCCAGCCUUGUCUGCAGGUGCCGUCCCCUCUGUGCCCGCUCUGCCGUCUGCCCUUCGACCCCAAGAAAGUGGACAAGGCCACCCAUGUAGAGAAGCAGCUCUCAUCUUACAAGGCACCCUGUCGGGGUUGCAACAAGAAGGUGACACUGGCCAAGAUGAGAGCGCACGUUUCCUCCUGCCUGAAGAUCCAGGAGCAGAUGGCUAACUGCCCCAAGUUCGUCCCUGUGGUGCCCACAUCCCAGCCCAUCCCCAGCAAUAUCCCCAACCGGUCUACCUUCGCUUGCCCCUACUGCGGAGCCCGCAAUCUGGACCAGCAGGAACUGGUGAAGCACUGCGUGGAAAGUCACCGUAGUGACCCCAACCGUGUGGUGUGUCCCAUCUGCUCAGCAAUGCCCUGGGGGGACCCCAGCUACAAAAGCGCCAACUUCCUGCAGCACCUGCUGCACCGGCACAAGUUCUCCUAUGACACCUUUGUGGACUACAGCAUCGACGAAGAAGCUGCCUUCCAGGCUGCCCUGGCUCUGUCCCUCUCUGAGAACUGAGGCCUCUUCUGGGGCAGAAGACACACUCCCACCUCAAGGGAUGGGGCCGUUGCCCUUCUGCCCUGGCACCUGCACAGGAAUGCACCUCACCGGGCCAAGUGGAAUUUUACACAAGGAGAGCUGGUCUCAGAAUCCCCAGGCUGGGAUGCUGGCUGGCUGGCCCCUUGUCAUCAAGCAGGGCCACCAGGUCCUGGCCAGCAGCACUGGGCCCUCGGUGCUUCAAGGGGCAGGUGCUGGUCGUUGGGUUAGAGCAGUUGGCUGCCUCUCCCAGACUCGAGGUCUGUGCAGAGGAGGAGGAGGAGAUCCCUAAGCUGUGCCCAGCAGGGCCAGGGGAGAAGGUGCCAGCCACGGCUGCCCGCCCACCGGGUCCCGAGCUUCGCUUCCACCGUGAGCAUUUGGUACUGGCUUUUGUGAUAUUUAGGAACCCUGCGUUUUUCUAUCUUAUCCUGUGUGAUAAUCUUUUCACGUUUUCUAGAGCAAAGACAAAGCAGUUACUCUUCUAUCGCAAUACCCGUGUUUGACUAGGAAGAGCAGUAUUUUUAUGGAGCAUUUACAAAGUUAUAUUUUUUAAAAAAAAAAUCAAAAAUAAACAUGUGUGGGAUCAGUGCAGAGGGGGGAGUGUGGGUGUGGCCAGGGCUUCGUGGUAUUCCCAAGCCAUGUGCUCUGAGGAGGUGGCGUGUGUCUGCCAUUUGCUUUUGAUGAUGGCCCAGAAGAAAUCCCAGCAUCUGGCUUCUUCUUGCCGUGGCUGCUCCCAGCAGACAUGGGACACCAGACAGAGCAGAGUCAUCUUCAGAGCCAGCCACAUCCCUCCUCGGGCAGGGACUUCCCUGGCCAGCGGUAGAGCGAGCCCUCAAGGGCCAGAGACCUGCUCAGUGGCAAGUCGGGCCAGAACACCAUUGUCAGCACCUCGUUCUGUUCAUGGCAUAGAUUGCUGUCUUUUCAAAAGAGUUUAAAUAAAGUGUUCCAAGCACCCA